AUGAUCAGAUUUCCCGGUGCCCAGCCAGUGAGCUUUUACGAACACCAACUGAAAGAAUUACAAAAGGAAGACUACUAUGUAGCAGAGAAAUCAGACGGCGUGCGGUGUCUGGCACUCCUCACAGUCAAUGAAGCAAAAGAACCCGAAGUCUAUUUGUUUGAUCGCAAGAGCAAUUUUCAUCUCGUUAACAACCUCCGAUUCCCGAUUCCACAAGAUCCCUCCUUUAGAAAGUGUCAUAAGGAUACUAUCAUAGACGGCGAGUUUGUAUUUGAUAAAGAAGAAGAUGGAAGAAUUCGGUUACGCUUCUUGCUAUUUGAUUGCUUGGUAGUCGAAAAACAAGUGCUGACUUCUCGGGACUUGAUGAAGCGACUUGGAUAUCUUCAAAAAGAAAUUAUCGAUCCACACUAUACAAUGCUCAGAAAGCAGCCUAAACUAGGUCAGCUCCAGCCAUUUAGUGUCAAGUUUAAAGAACAACAAUUUACGUACCAUCUUGACCAAGUAUUUAACGAAAUCAUUCCUAAACUCAAGCACGGUAACGACGGACUCAUAUUUACUUCUGUCAGCGCACCUUAUCUGUAUGGCACAAGCCAGAAAAUGAUCAAAUGGAAGCCUGCAAAUGAGAAUUCGAUUGAUUUCAAAGUCGCGUUACAGUUUCCUGGUAGCAGCAUACCUGGUGUAUGCGAUUAUAAAGCUAAGCCGCGGAUAGAUUUGCUAGUCUGGAAAGGAGGGUCAGACUAUGCACGUUUUGAUGAACUCGGAAUUACUGACGAAGAGUGGAGAGAGCUGUCAGGGAAGAAACCAAUGUUGUUGAAUAACCGGAUUAUCGAAUGCAAUUUUGACCCCGAGAUCCAGAGUAAGCUCGGAUUAAAAUCGCCAUGGCGAUUCAUGCGAUUCAGAGAUGACAAACUUGACGGCAAUCACCAGUCGACUGUGGAUAAUGUUAUGCGUAGUAUCAGAGAUGCAGUAUCAAAAGAACAGCUCAUCAACACCAUUCCUGCCAUUCGGAAGGCAUGGGAGGAACGAAGAGAGAAAGAGAGAAAAGAGAGAAAAGAAAAGGGAUAA